AUGUUUUAUUUAUGCCCUAAAAAAUUAGGAGGUGGUGUUGGAAGAAGAUUAUGUAUGCCUAUUUAUAGUGGAAGUAGUGAUAGCGUUUUUAAAUAUAAAAAUUUUGUUUUAAAAAAAAUAAAACAUAAAUAUGAAAAUGUUUUAUUAUUUGGUGAUAUACAUAAAUUAAGAAUGACAGCAGAAGAACUUAUAAAAAAUGUCAUAAGUAAUGAUAAUAUUGAUAAUGAUUAUAAUAAUUAUAAACUUCAAAAAUAUAUGUACAAUAAAACUGAAAAAAUUAAAAAAGCUAGUAAUGAUGAUAUAGAAAAAGACAAAAGUUCAAAAAAUAAAAAUUCUAUAACAAAAAAAUUAUCUUUUUGGCAAAUAUAUAGCAUAAGAGUAAAAAAAAAUAUUCAUUUAUUAAAUUUUUUUGAUUUUGCAUUAAUUCUUCAAUCUUUUCACUUAUAUAAUAAAGACACCGGAAUAUAUGUGUCUAGCAUAAAAUAUAUCGAAGAUCAAAUUCCAGUAAUGAACGGUAUUUCGUUUGUUAUAAUUUUAAAUAUUUUAAGUAAGAGAUUAAAAAAAAAUAACUACAAUGAAUUUUUUAAAAAAAUGAUGAAUUAUUUACCUAAUAUUUUAUAUGAAUUAAAUUUAAAAGAUAUGAGUAAUAUUCUAAACUGUUUUUAUAAUCUUGAAUUAAAUGAUAAAAAAGUAUGUGAACUUUUUUAUCUUAAAAUAUUAUCAAAUAUAAAUAAAAUAGAUGCCUUAACAUUAUCAUCAUUAUGCUAUAUUUUUUAUAAAUAUAAUUUUGAAAAUAUUCAUUUUUUUGAAUGUUUAAAAAAAACGGGAUUUAAUUUAUUAGAUGACUUCGAUGCUAAUCAAUUUUAUAAAUUUAUUUUUUCAUUAUAUAAAAAAAAAAUUUGUUUAAAAGAAAUUAUUGAAAAAAAAAAAAAUGAUAUUUUAUCCUUUUUACCUAAUUACAGUGAUGAAGAAAAAUUAUUUAUUUGUGAAAUUUUUAACUUAAAAUGA